AUGCCCAUUGCAGGAAAGCAAUCUGGAAAGGCUCAGCACAAAAAGCAGGGUAAGAAGGAAGAGUAUGAGGACGAGGACGACCGAGAGUUCAAGCGAAAGCAACGAGAGGCAGCGGAGAAGACAAGGGCGGCCGCUGCACAGCUCCAGGCGUCGAAGAAGUGA